AUGAUAAAUUUCAAUGAAACAGUAGCUCGAGGGCGAGAACACCAACGGCUAUCUUUAGCGAUCGUUUUCAUGAUUCUCUACACAGCAUCAACAUUGGCUCAGUAUUUAAGGACGGCAAAGGUCCCGCUAGUAGGAAGCCGUUUCUUUCUUGAGCCGCAAUUUGUGACCAACUUUCGAUUCUUUUGCCACGCAGGAGGAGUCCUGAACGAUGGCUAUGAUAGAUUCAAACACACCACCUUUAAAUUCAUCCGAGCCGAUACAGAGAUACUUGUGCUUCCCGCAAAAUAUAUAAAUGAAUUGCGUAACCUUCCAAGUACGAUUGCAAGUCCAACUCUUGCUCAUGUCCACAAUCUCACGGGUCGCCAUACAAAUAUGGAUGUGAUAUUGAGAAACAACUUGCACUUCCGAACUUUGUAG